AACGUGAUCUAUACCGCCCCUUUACCACCCUCAUUCUUUAAGAGCAGUUUUCAUUUCAUUCGAGGAAAAAGUACAACAGCAUUCGGCAAACAGUCGGGCUCUCUCAUGUCAUAUUGAGAUUCACCUCCCUCUGUUUGCAGAUUACGAUUAAGACUGUAAGUAGGUGUUGUUGCAAUUUUCUUCAGCAGAGGCGACUUUGCAUCAUAGAUGUCCGAUAUGUCUUGAUACCAUGGUAAACCCUCGAACUAUAAAGUGUGGACAUGUUUUCUGCGAAGAUUGCUUGAAGAGAGCGCUGGGUAUACUCAACAUCUGCCCCAUUUGUAAAGAGCCACAGGGCAUUGUUACGGGAAAUCAACCUCCUGGACAGAUGACUUGGUCCUCCAUGCCAUCUAGUCUACCAGGUCACUAUGGGUGUGGUACCAUCUGCAUUCAGUAUUCCUUUCCAUCUGGAAUUCAAGGUCCAGAACAUCCGAAUCCCGGUCAGCAUUACAGUGGCACACACCGUACUGCUUAUCUCCCUGAUAACAACGAGGGCAGAGAAGUCCUGCAGCUAUUACACAGAGCUUUUAAUGCACGCCUGGUGUUUACUGUUGGGACCUCGAUAACAACAGGACUUUCGAAUCAAAUAACGUGGAAUGAUAUACAUCAUAAGACCAACAUGCACGGAGGAGCCCAUGGCUUUGGUUACCCCGACCCGCAUUAUCUUCGACGAGUCAAAGAAGAUCUCGCUGCAAAGGGAAUCCGUUGAUUCUGGUUCCUACGGGCCACAGACAAGGAGACGAAAAACGUUUCGUCGCAGAUAUAGUUUUUUAGGCCUAUUGGUUCACUAAGAGGGUAACCACCACGUUAUUGAAAAUACUUUGCGUCUAGAAGAGGAUUAUUUCAUCACCGUUGUUUUUACGACUGUUAUUUAAUGGCCUGUAUACGCGGUAAAAUGAGUUAUAUUUUGUUAUAGGUAUUACUGUAAAAUAUUAAAACAGCAGCAUUUUUCAUGUUUC